CACAAUUUAAGCCGCCUGUGGAAAGAGAGAGAACGCAAAUGAGCUAAAGCCAAGCUCGAUCAGCGGCACGUAAGUCCACUGCUACAUCAAUGGCCGGAAAGUGGCUGGAGACGUUGCAGCAAACGAGCAGCGGGCGGCCGGUCUUCCUAGAGAACGAAAUUGAGUGCUCCCUAGUCUCCGCCGUCGACCUCGAAUGUGACGAGCUCUCCGACUUCCCUUCUCUCAAGUCCGGCCUACUAAUCCUCACCACCCACCGCCUCCUCUGGUUGCCUCCAGAUUCCUCCACCUCCUCCACAUCAUCCGCCGUUUCCCUCCCUCUAUCCUCGGUCUCUCAAAUCUUCUCCUCCAAGAAGUCUCUCAAGUCCAUGUUCCACUCCCCCCGGGUCCGCUUCCAGGCCUCCCUCAACCCGGGUCCGAGAUCGGUGGCGAUCACCAUCGUCAUGAGGGGAAAGGGCGACUGCGACGCGUUUCUGGGGAAGUUCUGGGAGAACUGGCGGGCGAGGGCGUGGGAGAAGGAGAGCGAGAGUACCCGGUCGGGUAGGGGAGGGGAUUCUCAGUCUGGGUCUGGAUCGGCUAAUGUUUCUGGCGGGUUAUAUACGAGGGAAGGGGCGGUGAGGAUGGUGGGGGUGUCGGGGAUACUGAGGAAGGAGCAGGAGAUGUGGGAGAGUACGGACAAGAGCCUGCAGGAGGCGUUCCUGGAUUUGAAUGCUCUCAUGAGUAAGGCUAAAGAGAUGGUGAUGCUAGCAGAAAAAAUGAGGCAAAAACUUCUGACCGGCUCAAAUUCUCAAACUGGUACCACAAAUGAUGAAGAGAUGGGUUCUAAAGAAGAGAUGCAAGAUUGGCUAUUGAGUGUUGGUAUAAUAUCCCCGGUUACGAAAGAGUCUGCUGGUGCGCUAUAUCAUCAACAGCUGUCCCGUCAGUUGGCAGAUUUUGUCCGAAUUCCACUUGAGAGAGCUGGAGGAAUGAUGAAUCUUAUAGAUGUCUAUUGUCUCUUCAACCGUGCUCGAGGCACAGAGUUGAUCUCACCAGAGGAUUUGUUGCGGGCAUGUUCUCUCUGGGAUAAGUUUGAUGUUCCGGUGAUGCUUCGGAAAUUUGAUAGUGGAGUCAUGGUCAUCCAGAAUAAGUCCCACAGUGAUGAGGAGGUUUUUGCAAGAAUCAAGGCCCUUGUGACAAAACCGGAUGCCCUCCGAACUGGCAUAAGUCCAAGUGAUGCUGCAAUGACAUUAGGAAUUGCUCCAGGCAUGGCGAAGGAACAUCUUCUAACUGCUGAGAGCAAAGGUUUGCUAUGCAGAGACAUUAGUCCUGAUGGCUUUCGCUUUUAUAUUAACCUCUUCGCUGACAUCAAUACAGAUGAUGUUUACUUGAUCAAAGAUCAUAGUAUGUAUGCCACAUGGGUUAGGGUAGCCUCUGCUUCUAGUUAAUUUCAAAGUUCUAGUUAGGAACGAUUGGAUGGAACAAGGUUGUCGAACCAUGGGCCGGGCAGAUAAGAAAAAGGAAAUGAUUUCAUGCUGAAAUUCCCUCUUCUACAUGCUGCAAACAUUAUCGACUUUGCUGUGCUGCAGAAACUUGGGGAAGUGGGCGAUGCAACUGUUUGUUUGUAAUUGCUUAUUGUGUGAUAUAUAGUGAAAAACUCGGCAAUUUGAAGCGAUGAUUACAUGGAAGGAGGUGAUUUCUUCAGAGAAGUAUAUUAAUUUUUUUUAUCCUAUGUGGAUAAUGGAUCAAAUGAAGCAGCAUCUUGGAGAUUUGUAGAGGGACUUCCUGGUUAAGAGCAGCACUAAACUGUUUUAAUGGCUCAUUUUUCUCAAUUGUCGCAUUUGAUAAUACCGUGAUGUCUCACUUCGGCUACAAAGAAUAAUGAUAGAGAUAAAUGAGUAUGAUGAAAGCGUAUCGAGUUUUAAGUCUUA